UGUAGGCCUUCAACAUCGGACGCUGUUGAUUGAAAGUCACUUAGUGCUGCGCUGCGCACCGCGGUGAGACAAACUGCUCAGUGCAGGUUCAGGUGCAGUCCGUCUGUUAGGCAGCAGCACGCCGCUUCUCUGACUGCAGCUUUCUCCUUUCCAAAGGACCGUGUGUCUCAGGUCUUCUUUCCGAGGAGGAGGAACACAUCUGCGGUGAUGGACAGGACACAAGACAUAAUGGCGUUGGUCUUCCUGCUGCUCCUCAAACUACCAAAGUGUGACAUGGCCAGUGGGAAAGUCUUAGAGGAGACUUAUCUGAAGUGGGUCCAGUAUAAAGAAGACUGUGUCAAAAUGAUAGAAAAUGAGCCACUCCCUCAAGCGGACUUGUUCUGCAACAGGACAUUUGACAGAUACGCCUGCUGGCCAGAUGCUCCUGCCGACUCUUUGGUCAACAUCUCAUGCCCGUUCUACCUGCCCUGGUAUGAUAAAGUGUCGCAGGGUGUUGUGCGUCGACGGUGUGGCUCUAAGGGUCUCUGGGAGAGACAGGACAACGGGCAGGUGUGGAGGGACAUGAGCCAGUGUGAGGAGGAAAAAGAGGUCACGUCUCAGGAGCUGUGGUUCAAACAGCUGAUGGUGAGCUUCAGGAUGUUGUAUACUGUCGGCUAUUCCUUGUCUCUCUUCACGCUCGUAACGGCUCUCAUCAUUCUUCUGAGCCUUAGGAAGCUGCAUUGCACCAGAAACUACAUUCAUGCUAACCUCUUCCUGUCCCUCAUGCUGCGAGCUGUAUCUGUCAUUAUUAAGGACACCAUGCUGGAACGCCACUGGGGAAAAGAAAUCAUGAAACAGACCGAUGUGAGUGAGAUGCUCAGUCACCAGGCUGCUAUUGGCUGCAGGGUAGCACAGGUAGUGAUGCAAUACUGUGUUCUGGCCAAUCACUAUUGGUUCUUUGGAGAGGCCAUUUAUUUGUACUCUGUGCUUAUUGCCUCAGUUUUCAUCGACCACAACAAAUACUUACCUUAUAUCUGUCUUGGCUGGGGAACUCCACUUCUAUUUGUGGUUCCCUGGGUAGUGAUGAAGCAAUUGAAAGAAAACAAAGAGUGUUGGGCUGUCAAUGAGAACAUGAACUACUGGUGGAUCAUUCGUUUCCCAAUUCUUUUUGUUUCACUAAUCAACUUUCUAAUUUUCAUGAAGAUCCUGAAAGUCGUUCUUUCCAAAUUACGAGCCAGCAAUCAGAGCGGAUACCCUGAUUACAAACUUCGUCUUGCCAAGGCAACCCUUACCCUCAUCCCUCUGUUUGGGGUUCACGAGAUCAUAUUCAUCUUUGCGACAGAUGAGCAGACGACAGGUGUUCUGCGCUACAUUAAAGUCUUCUUCACCCUUUUCCUCAAUUCCUUUCAGGGUUUUCUGGUGGCUGUGCUCUACUGCUAUGCCAAUAAAGAGGUUAGGACAGAGCUGAAGAGGAAGUUACGCAGCUGGAGGAUAGAGGCUGAGAGUGUAUGCUGUGGACAGUGACUAGCCGUUACUGACUCUCGAGUAGACACUUUUUCUAUCGCCCAAGUGCCAGAGCACAACAGAUCCUCUGCCACAGCAGUGAGGGCAACAGCUGAUGGUUCACCCGCUCCGGAGAGUUCACUUCUUUCUAGACGACAGGUUCAGCCAACUUCCCCACAGUCUGAUGCUUCUUUGCUGCAGUGUCCAUCAGUGGUCAAAAGAGACAACUCUGUGCAGCAUGGGGAUCAGGAUGACACUGGACAAUCGUCUGUUACAAUGCAGUUGCCCUUUCUCAUUCAACUUCAAGACCCUGUGGAGUUACUCCCACAUGCUGUAAAUAUAGAUUCAGAUUAAAGUAAUUUAUGCAUUAACUGUGCAUUUUGAGAUUAUAUGUGGUAUGUUGUGAAUAAUGUAAAUUGUAAAAUUGUGAAUAUGUGAAUAAGUGAUUGUAAUCAUGUAAGACUUAAUGCAUCUUUCAUACAAACGGAGUAGAACAAUUAAAAGCACAUUUGUUUGAACUGA